GAAAACCGGAUGUCGAAAUUCGAAUCCGUUCUAAAGUUAUCGUGGAAACGGACGGACGGACGGACAGACAGACAGACGGCCAAGACAUUUCCAUAAAGGGGUUUUGACCGCUUAAUAAACUUUAUUCACAAUGUGUUAUCCAAAUUAUUUAAGCAAGUAUCUAACAUGUAUGCUUAAUUUAACACUUUACCUCAAAAAAUUGUCAAGCAUGAGCUAAAUAAUUCAAUUAAACUGACAUCAAUUAUGUAAAUACGCAUCCGGUUACGAUAAGCGAGUCCAAUGUCACCAAGGACUCUGUCACCGUGACAUGAUCCUAUCAUCGUUUUACUGGCUGCGAGAGAUGAUAACCGGCAUUGAUAAGCUUCAAUGUUUUAUACAAAUACAAACUCCGCAAUGUAGUGAAAGCUUUAUUCGAGGUAUUUAUUACUUCUACUCCGCAAAUAUCACAUCCCACUAAACUUUAUAUAUGACCCAAUAUUUGCUGGUGGUCGUCAUGACGACGUUCCUCGUUACGGGGGGAACAACGAGGAUGGGGGACGCGAGACCAAAAAGUGAAGACCAGAGUACCCAUGAUUUUGCGUGGGGUUUGAUAAUUAUAUCUGCCUUAGUCUCCGCUUUCUUCUUCUGCAUUCUUCCCCUUUGGGUAUGCUUCUGUUAUCGAAAAGGAGCUGAACCACAGAAUCAAAUUAUCUAUAUUCAGGGACGUGCCCCACCCGGAUACCAACAAUUAACCAGCCUGCCAUGAAAUAAUGGGGCUAACCCCUAAGUCACCCUGGGUCAUCUGAAUAACUGUAAACCUUGCAAAUACAUGUAUUGUAUUGUUCGCAAUAAUGGGUUUGUAUUGCAAGGAAAAAGAAUUAUAUUAAAUAAUAAUUUGCAAAGAAGA